CGGCGAGCGGUAACGGGGCGCGGGCACGGAGCUGGGGCGGCCACGCGGGGCUUUCUUGCAGGCGGCGGUUCCGCAGGGCUCAGCAGCAGCUGUAGCGCCGUGAGCAGGUCCCGCAGUUUGCGACAGCACCGGGGGCGGAGAAGCAAGGGCGGGUGCCUGGCGCCGAGCGCCACGCUCCUCUCCCCAACGCUUUCAGCGCUUGCCUCUGUUCUUUUCCGUCGCUUGACUCUCUUUCUGUUUUUACCCUACAGUAAGUGUGGAAUAAGGGGUACGGUUCUAAACGUCAAGGGGUACAGUUCUGAAAACCUGCACCGGGUUUAUAACAUAAAUAAAACUGGAGGACGUUUAAGACAGAGGUAGGUAAAUCCUGUUCUGAACUGUACUGACAUCUAAAUAAAUUCCUACUACUGCCCCCUUACAGCUUUUGAUCCAUGCAAUACAUAAAAGCUCUACCCCAGCGUCAGAGAGGAGAUGGUAUUCAUAGGGCAAAGAGGUGGGAGAUGGAGACUGUCACAGAGCAGAUGAGAACGCAGGCGCACAGCUCACUCGUAAAUAAACUCAGCGCCGUUUCAGGCUCUACUGACGGGGAACAGGAUGACUUGCCUUGUGAUGAAGGACUAACCUGUAAAUACAACAGUAAUUCAGAGGAUCUGCAUGACUGCAUAGAAAAUAUUUCUCAUAUUUUGAGUUUAUCCUGUUCUGAAGAUAACAACAAAGCAGCAGCAGCAAGGUAUGAAACUCAUCCCCAACUUGAAGGCGGCAGGGAUUAUCACACAGCUACCACCUCAACAGCUGGAAUUUCGGUUGAAAUGCCUGUAAGUGAAGCUUCCUUUAAGAAAGAAGCGUCAGACAGUGGCUUUGGUAAAGCAGAUGGCAAGGAACAUCUAACUAACUCAAAGCUGUCCAAUGUCCUCUUGCGUCAUUUUUCUGAAGGAGAAUUACUAAACACUUGUCAGCUAAUUGAGUGUGAGACCAUACCAGAGACGUCCUACGCUGAAAGUAUUGGUGAAACUACGAACAAACCUGAGGCUUACGAACAUGGCAAAGGCUCUUUAACACUUAAACAAUGGGCAAUGGAAUUGGAAGGGUAUCAUUUAGAAAAGCAUGAGGAUGUACGCACGGGUGGGAAAAAUCCAAGUGUGCUAAAUGAAAAUAAAUUUGUUUCAAAGAGAUCUAUUUCUUCUACUGUUAACUGUGGGUGCAGACAUGACAAUUCACAGCUGAGUAACAGGUAUGAAGACACACACAUCUCUCACAACACGAAGGAACAGAGAGAACUGUUUAAGAAAACAGUUUCAUCUCAUAGGCUCAUACAUGGCCAAAGUGAAAUUCACCAUUGCCUUCCUGACUUCUCUAAAGUUACUUCAGAACUAAAAAUGCCAAAAAUAAGUGAAAAUAUUAAAUCAGUUCCUACAAUCGAACGAACAAAAUCCUUCCCUAUUUUGCUCAGUCAAUCAGUAACUGUGGACAACAUUCUAGAAAAUAACUGUUUUCAUUCUGUUGAAGUAGAGAAUCAAGAAGAAACGAGCAUUCCAGAAUUGUUUCAACAGCUGAAGAUACUGCCUCAGUCGGAUUUUGCAAGUCCAAGUUUCGUUGUUCACUCAGGAGGCGCUGGGACAUCUUCUGAAGUCUUCACAGCACGUGUUCCUAACAAUACACAGGCUACACAAGAUUUGCCUGAUCCAAGAUUACCACAUGGGACAAUGGUAUCAGCAUUUCCAGCAGCUGGUACAGUACAAGUACACUGUCUAAGUCCUUCUAAUUUACUGCCAGAACUAACACAAGGAGAAAAGAUGUCUCAAAUACUAAAAGAACAGACAGAUCAACUGAAAAUUAAAGUGGAAGAUUUCACUAAACAUAUGACCCAUGAGACAUUCGUUUCACAAGACAAUUACCUGGCAUUAAAUCAAUUGAAAAAAUACCUUGAUGCCUUGGAAAGGAGUUACUUAACUGCUAGAGAGGAGCACCAUGUUUUACAGCUGCAGAACUACAAGGACAAGUCUAUCCGCGUUGGAGAGUUUGAUCCUGAAAGAAAGGUGGAAGGGGAAAUAUUUAGACUUGGCAUGCUGCUUGAAGACAUCCAAGAACAAACAGAUGAUGGCAAAUACAGCUUGGCUCCUUCACUUAUUUCUGAUGAAUCUGCCCAUUCAUUGAAUCCUCUUUGGGAGAGCUCAGUAGUUUCAAGCAUUAACGAUCCUCCAGAGGAAACCACAUUUCUUCAAAAGAACAAGGGAGAAAAUACAACUCAGACAAGUGACGUAAUCCCACAAACAAAUCAUCUGUUUUCUUUAGAAGCUGAAAAGUGCAAUCUUUGUCCUCACAUGUUACAAAAGAGAGCUGAAUCAACUUCCGGAAGAGAAAUGGAGCCUCUGGGAAAAGGUUAUCUGCUAGCAAGCAAGCAUUCUUCCAGUGUAAUGAGAUUCCUUUCACCAGAAGAAAAAGGUCUUCGAUUCCAUACUCAGGGUACGUUAAGUCAAAAAUGUAACGCUGAUGAAGAAAAUAUGAAAGGAAAUGAAAACAUCCAGGAAAGGAAAACUGGAGUAUGUUCAAUCUUCAUUCAGAGAAAACCAACUGAUUUAUCAGAUACAAAUCUGAGCACUGAUUCAGAAGACAUCUCAGCCUGUGAUUCUUAUGGUUCACAAAGUGAGGAAUUUAUGGAACAUGAGACUGAAAGUUACAAAACAUUCAAUACAAGAUUACGUCAAGAGAAAAAAGGAUUUAUAUUCAGAUGCCCUAGAGAAAGCACUUAUCAACUCAAACACAGGAAUUACAAACAGUCUGUUCAGUCUUGUGCCCUGUGUAGAAAUAAAAAUUCUGGUUCAACCUCUUAUGCACAGAAGAGAAUCUCCACUCAGAAGGCUCAAACAAAUAAACGGCCCCGUGAACUUGUAAACCUUUCUGAAAGGAAUGUCAGUGUCAAGAAGUCUGCCCGAAACAAACCUGCAAUCAACAUCAGAAAUACCAAUGAUUUCAACGCAAAUAUUUUAAAUUCUACCCUGGAUCAUGCCAUACAGACAGCAAACAGUUUGAAGAGAGCUACAGAACGAAUGGUACAAGCAAUUUCAGAAGAUCUAGCUAAAGUUGCAAGAAAACAUCUUUAAUUAUCCGGUUUCAAAUGCUGUGUUGUUUUGCUGGUUAAUACUGAAAUAUCAGCGUGUCUGCAAAUAUAAAAUAAUGAAUACAAAGAUUGGGUAGUCAGCUAGCUUCAGUUCUGUGACCAUCAAUACUAAACUAAAUGAGAGCAUUCUGGUACUCUGCAUCUUUACACUCGCUGUCUGAACUAGAAAACAAAUCACUAAUUCUACUGGAAGUCUUCGGUACAUUUGCUAAUACCUAUUCCUGCUUACGGCUGCCUUCUCUAAGAAUUCACUUAAGGUAGCGUUACAAAAAUUGAUUUAAACAAGCAAGGUUAGCUUUUUGACUUUUGCUCUCCCCCUACCCCAAACAGCAGAAUAAAUAUCUCAUUUAUUACAUAUAUUUUCUCUUCAGACUUUAUAGCAGCUGCUUAAGCAUGUGAGCCUCUGCAUCUGUAAGCAUCAUGCUAGCAUACCAAAUCGCUGUUAACGUAUGUAAUUAUUUUGGUUUUAGAGUGUGCCACGUUGAGAGUGCUUUAAUUUUAAGAUACUCCUCAUGUCUCAAUAACCGAGCAACACCAUUUGUUGUCUUGUGUAUCCGUAACAAUUAAACGGUUCUUUCACUGUGAUGGCCUUACCUUGUCCAAUGUAUCUGUUUUUGAGAUUUCAGCUGAUGAUGUAGGCUGCAGAAUUUUAAAAAUUAUGUAGAAAUACAGUGCAUCAAGAAAAUUAAUCUAUUAUUUUUUCUUCUGGAAGAAGAGCAUGAUGGAUUUCAAAGCCACAAAUUCUUAGUCUCAUAUUUAUCAGCUAUGAAGCGCUGAGCUAUAAUAGCAUUUAAACCCAAAAAACCAAACACUUGAAGAAAGUUUAAAUGCCGACUGUGGGAAAAUAGUCCAACACUUCAAGUUGAUAUUUCUUCAACCAUAUACAAUGCAUAAGUAUCAAUACAAUGGGUUUCGUACGACCUAAUUAUUUUAGUCCUUAAAUAGGACACUGAUAUCAGUUAUUACAUUCUGCACUUAUUGCUUUUAAGUCAUUUAAUUUUAUAAUUUAUAAACUGUUUUGAAGGAAGGAAAAAAACCUGUUUGAUCCUUUUGCCACCUUCUAAUUAACUUCGAACAAACUUACCUAACAAAGAUGUUCUCAACCUACUAGUUAACCUGAGGGCAAAAAGAAGGAAAAGAAAACACAUUUCUGCAAACCAAAAAAUGAAUACCCUCACAGUUUGUAAAAAAGGUAAAUAAACAACUUGACUAAUCAUGUUUUAUGAUAUUUGUCUCAGAUUCUACAUAUAAUAAACUAGCAUAUCAAUGCACAUCUACACAAUGUUAUCCC